AUGGCCAAGAAUGAUGUUGUGAUUCAGAGCCAAGCAGCAUCCUUGAGGAACCUAGAAAUUCAAAUGGGGCAGCUAGCUAAUGAGCUAAGAAAUAGACCACAAGGCACCUUGCCUAGUGAUACCAAAACUCCAAGGAGAGAUGGUAAGGAGCAAUGCAAGGCGAUUACCUUGAGGAGUGGUAAAAAUCUGGAAUUGACUAAGGAUAAUUGUAAGAGAAGCAUCGAACCCACUUCAAUCCAAAGUAGUGUGGAAAAGGAAGACAAAGUGGUGAGUUCGAAAAUGUCAAAAGCUGAUCCUGAAGCAAUUGCUGCCGCAAUUCCUCAACAAAAUGAUACAGAGAGGUCUAUGACUUUGGAGAAAAUGCCCAACUAUGUGAAAUUUUUUAAGGAUAUUUUAACUAAGAAUAGAAGGCUUGGAGAAUUUGAAAUGGUGGCUUUGACUGAAGGUUGUAGUGCUAUAUUGAAAAAUAAAAUUCCUCCUAAAUUGAAAGAUCUGGAUAGCUUCACAAUUCCUUGUUCUAUUGGUUGUAGAGAUGUUGGUAGAGCACUUUGUGACUUGGGGGUUAGUAUCAAUUUGAUGCCCAUGUCAAUUUUUAAGAAGUUGGGGAUUGGAGAAGCAAGACCAACCACAGUCACUUUGCAAUUAGUGGAUCGAUCUAUGGCACAUCCAGAAGGCAAGAUUGAGGAUGUACUUGUGCAAGUUGAUAAAUUCAUUUUUCCGGAUGAUUUCAUCAUUCUUGAUUAUGAAGCGAAUAGAGAUGUUCCUAUUAUCUUGGGUAGGCCAUUUCUAGCUACUAGGAGGACUUUGAUUGAUGUACAAAAAUGGGUGCCUACUAUGAGGGUGAAUGACCAGCAAGUGACUUUUAAUGUGUUCAACGCUAUGAAGUUUCCAGAAGAGAUUGAGGAAUGCUCUCAGUUGAGUGUAAUUGAGUCAAUUGUAGCUGAAAAAUUCCAUAAGGAAGCUUUUAAAGAUGGAAUGGGGGUGAGGUCACUUGAAGAGCUUGAAAACUUAAGUGAAGAGGAAGAAAGCCAAGUUACAAGGGUGGAGUCAAAGUAG